UUCAAGCCAUAGGAACAUCUCAGUCUUUGUUACAAAUACAAGGAGGACAGGACAUCCAACACUGAACAUUCAUUAAUUUAAUUUUAUUUAUUUGUAUCCUGCUUAAAUCUUCUACACUGGAUUGGAAAUAUUUUCUUCUUUUUUCGCUUAAAAUAGAAAUGUAUUUGGAUCAGAGAUGGAGCAAUUUUGGAAUAUAUUUGUGCCUUCUUUUGUUGGACUGCUGUUGGCAGACGGUGGCUGGACAGCUCUCCUACACCGUCUCAGAGGAGGCAAACCCGGGGACUGCGGUAGGAAACAUUGCAAAGGACCUAAAUCUGAGCGUACAUGAGUUGGAAUCCCGCAUGUUUCAGCUGGUUGCGGGAUCAAAGAAAAAAUACUUGGAGGUAAAUCUGAAGAGCGGCGUUCUCUUAGUCAGCGAGCGGAUAGACAGAGAGGAGCUCUGUUCGCAUGAAGCGAAAUGCUCACUGAACGUAGAAGCGGUGAUAAACAGCCCUUUGAAACUGUAUCGCAUAGACGUGGAGGUUUUAGACGUGAACGACAACGCCCCGCUGUUUUCCACCAAACAGCAAAGCCUGUGCAUCGCAGAGAGCACUUUGCCCGGGGUGAAAUUUGCUUUGUCUGAAGCAGCCGAUGCAGAUAUGGGGAGAAACGGGGUCGCUACUUACAAAUUAAGCCAGAACGAGCAUUUUUCUUUAGCCGUGAACAAAGCGGGUGACAGCAUGUCUGCUGAGCUCGUGCUGCAGAAAGCAUUAGACCGAGAAAAGCAGCCUGUGAUCACCAUGACGCUGGUAGCUGUGGAUGGAGGUACUCCUCCAAAGUCAGGGACCUCACAGCUUCAGAUUAAUGUCUUAGAUAAUAAUGAUAAUAUUCCAAUAUUCAGUGAAUCUCUUUAUAAGACAAAAAUCACAGAAAACGCACAGCUUGGCACAACAGUGAUCACUGUGCGCGCCACAGACGCAGACGAGGG